ACGUAUUUAUUUAUAUAAUUUUGUAUAUAUUUAUUUUUAUAACGUAUGUGGAAGUAUUAAUCUUAGAGCAAAAAUCAUUUAUUAUAUAAUUAUAUUCUUAUAAACACUGGCCAGAUGUUUAGAAAACUGCUGUUCUGUUAACUUCAGUCAGGCUGUCACGUAAUUACAAAAUAUGUCUAUACAAAAAAUACAAAAAUAAAGUAGGACAUUAUUGUUUUUUGGAGCAAAAAUGAUAUAUAUAUAUUUGUAAAAAAAACUUCAGAUAUUUUUUUCUAAAUGUAUGUUGUUAAUUCUGUACUUUUUAGGUUGUAUAAAAAUGAAUGAAAUCGCUCAACUUGCCAACCACAAGGCCAUCUAGUGGAUGUUCCUAGAAACACCGCCAUUUUCUCUCUGUUGUUUUAGUUCCCGCGAAAAUGUCAGGCGAUACCAACUGGUUGAUGGGUCACAUUUAUGUUAAGCCUCCUAAAAUUGUUACUAUGCGCUCAAUAACUUUAUACAAGUACUUAAUUGUGAUAUAAACCAAAAUAUAUACACAAGUCCACUAAAUAAUCCAAGAAACUAAGACUUUGAAAGAUUAUAUAUAAACGGACGCCUUAUGUGUUCCCCCUUUGGACCGAUGGUAAGAAAAGUAGGUACCUGAUUGGUCUACAAUUCCCCGCGAAUCUUGCGUCACGAGCAGUUUCGCGCCACCGUUCACGUUGUGAAGGAAAACAGUGCAGAAGAUUUGAAUCAAGAUGUCUUCACCAUCAUCAUCCAAAGGUGGCCGUAAGAGAGAGCGGGGCAGUAACCCUCCAACCCCCGCGAGUGAGGAUCCCCUCUCCCCACCGUCGCAACGUUCCCGUGCCCAUGACACAUCCACAGAGCUACAGCCCAUGCCCACAUCUCCAGCCAUGGAUAUACAGAGUCCGGCCGCCCAUGACGUGUCUCUGUUCUCCAGUCCGGUGGCCCCUCGCUCUGUUGUUCAGAGUGAGAUCGAUGCGAGUUCUCCGCUGAUGUAUGGUACUCCCAGUUCAAGAGUUGAAGGGACUCCCCGCAGCGGCAUACGAGGAACUCCGGCUCGCCAGCGGGCUGAUCUGGGAUCUGUGCGGAAAGCUCCGCAGGUUGACAUGCAUUCAGAACCGCCAUCUGGAGACGGCGUUGCUGCUGGCGAUCAGGGUGCAGGGCAGAGACUCGUGAUCUGGGGGACGGAUGUCAAUGUGGGAACCUGCAAGGAGAAGUUUCAGCAUUUUCUGCAACGCUUUACGGAUCCAAACUCAAGAGAAGAGGAAAACGCUGGUCUGGAUCUGAACGAACCUCUCUAUAUGCAGAAACUGGACGAGAUCAGUGUUGUUGGCGAGCCUGUGUUGAAUGUGAACUGCAGUCAUAUUCAGACAUUCGAUGCUGAUCUUUAUCGACAGCUGAUCUGUUAUCCACAGGAAGUUAUCCCCACCUUUGACAUGGCGGUCAAUGAGCUCUUCUUCGAUCGCUUCCCAGACUCUGUUUUGGAGCAUCAGAUUCAAGUGCGUCCAUACAGCGCGGUGAAAACCAGAAACAUGCGUGCGCUCAAUCCUGAAGAUAUUGACCAGCUCAUCACUAUCAGCGGCAUGGUUAUUCGUACCUCUCAGCUCAUCCCGGAGAUGCAGGAGGCGUUUUUCCGCUGUCAGGUGUGCGCGUUCAACGCUCGCGUGGAGGUGGACCGUGGACGUAUCGCCGAGCCUGCCGUCUGUCGCAACUGCAACACCACCCACAGCAUGGCGCUUGUUCAUAACCGAUCUGGAUUUUCUGAUAAACAAAUGAUAAAACUACAGGAAUCUCCUGAGGACAUGCCUGCAGGUCAGACGCCCCACACGACAAUCGUCUACGCACACAAUGACUUGGUGGACAAAGUACAACCUGGAGAUCGAGUGAACAUCACUGGUAUCUACAGAGCAGCGCCCAUGCGUCUCAACCCACGACAGAGUCAAGUGAAGUCAGUAUACAAGACGCACAUCGACGCCAUUCACUUCCGCAAGACGGAUGAGAAACGUCUUCAUGGAGUGGACGAGGACGGCGAGCAGAAACUCUUCACUAAAGAGCGAGCCGCUAUGCUUAAAGAGCUAGCUGCUAAACCUGACAUCUACGAACGACUUUCCUCCGCUCUCGCACCCAGCAUCUACGAACAUGAAGAUAUCAAGAAAGGUAUCUUGUUGCAGUUAUUUGGCGGAACGCGUAAAGACUUCACCCAGACGGGUCGUGGCAACUUUCGUGCCGAGGUUAACAUCCUGCUGUGCGGAGAUCCGGGCACCAGCAAAUCCCAGUUGCUCCAGUACGUGUAUAACCUUGUUCCACGUGGGCAGUACACAUCCGGGAAGGGCUCCAGUGCCGUGGGUCUCACGGCUUAUGUGAUGAAGGACCCAGAAACGCGUCAGCUGGUUCUGCAGACCGGCGCCCUCGUGCUUAGUGAUAACGGGAUUUGCUGCAUCGACGAGUUUGAUAAGAUGAGCGACAGCACGCGAUCGGUGCUGCAUGAAGUUAUGGAGCAGCAGACGCUCUCUAUUGCUAAAGCAGGAAUCAUUUGCCAGCUCAAUGCUCGGACCUCCGUCCUUGCCGCAGCCAAUCCAGUGGAGUCUCAGUGGAAUCCCAAAAAGACCACUAUCGAAAACAUCCAGCUUCCUCACACGCUUCUGUCCAGGUUUGAUCUGAUCUUCCUCAUGCUGGACCCUCAGGACGAAGCGUACGACAGACGUCUCGCUCAUCACCUGGUGUCUCUGUAUUACCAGAGUGAAGACCAGAUAGAAGAAGAACAUAUGGACAUGGCCGUGCUGAAGGACUACAUCGCAUUCGCUCGCACGACCGUGCACCCCCGACUCUCAGAGGAAGCGAGCCAAGCCCUGAUUGAGGCAUACGUAGACAUGCGUAAGAUCGGUAGUGGGAGGGGAAUGGUGUCUGCGUACCCCCGUCAGCUGGAGUCUCUCAUCCGAUUGGCUGAAGCUCACGCUAAAGUGCGUUUCUCAAGUAAGGUCGAAUCCAUCGAUGUGGAGGAAGCCAAGAGACUCCACAGAGAGGCACUGAAACAAUCUGCAACUGAUCCCAGAACAGGAUUCGUGGACAUUUCUAUCCUCACCACAGGUAUGAGCGCCACAGCACGCAAGCGUAAAGAAGAAGUGGCUCAGGCCCUGAAGAAACUCAUUCAAACCAAGGGCAAAACACCAACUAUGAAGUACCAACAGCUGUUUGAUGAUCUUCGUGGCCAAUCAGAGGCUGCCAUCACUAAAGACAUGUUUGAAGAAGCACUUCGAGCACUUGCGGAUGAAGAUUUUCUGACCGUCACAGGGAAAACGGUUCGACUGCUGUAAACUUUAAUAAAUGUGUGCUGUUUUCCAUUCGCUUGCUUUAUUUGGUUUCUCUAGAGUGAUAUUUGUUAAUAGCUGUAUGUAUAAAACCUUUCCUGUUGAUCAAAAAAAAGCAUUUGUAACUAUUUUUGUCACGAUAUCUGUGCUGUUCACAUUGUAACUGCCUUAACAAUAAAACCUACAAAAAAAAUAUGUAAGCCAUUGUUCAAGCACUUGAAUGCAUGUGAGAAAAAUUUUAAAUAAAC